AUGAGCUCCUGUGGAGGCGGAACCACAAACACUAUCCUCGAGAUUGGGACACGAAUAUCUUGUUUCUGGCCUGACGAUGAACAGUGGUACAAGGGAACAGUGGCAAAACAGCUGGAUGGUGAUCGAUUCUGGAUAAAAUAUGAUGAUGGUGAUGAGGAAGAAAUAAACAUCAAGAAGGACAAGUGGAAAACAUCGAACCAUCCAGAGGAAGAAGAAAUAAAAGCGAAUGAUGGAAGAAUGGAACGGAGCAAGCAAGCUCGCAUUGAUAAACUUGAACUGGGAUCAAGAAUUGCUGUCUACUUUCCGCAUGAAGAGGAAUAUUACGCUGGGACCAUAACAGAGAUAAAGGUUACCCCUAAAUGCAGCAGUCCUCAUCGUAUCAACUAUGACGACGGCGACGAAGAAUUGACUGACCUUCGACAACGCAAAUUCAAACUAAUUACAAAAAAGUCUGGUCUGCUCAAGGUGGGAUCUCGAGUUGCUAUCUGCAAUAGAAUUAGAAAGAAAAAUGAUCAUGCAACUGUGGUCAAGAUCGAGCCAGAGCGAGCGAAGCCACAUAAAGUCAAGUAUGAUAAGGAAGGCAGAGGCGAGGAGUGGCUGAAUUUACAUGUUCACUCAUUCUUGAAUAUGCCAGUGGAAUGGGAUGAAAAGAAGCGCAAAGAAGAGCUUGAAGAUUUAGAGCGCCCUUGCAAAACGUGCAGGCGUCAAGCACAGCUGCAAAGCAAUAAAGAGGCGGAGGCCGUCGUCUGCCAAGAAAACAAGAAAGGUCACCGAAAGAUCGACCAGCUCUGUCUAAAGACCGGGCGAGUGAUAGCCACAUUUGAUACCAUUUCGGCUGCUGCCAAAGCUGUUGGAGUGUCGAAGAAUCGCAGAAUUAGCAACUGUUGCAAUGACCGCGGUUUCAACAAAACUGCGGGGGGUUUUGGUUGGAGAUUUUCAAAGGAAGAGCGCACUUAA